UACUGCACCAAGAUAUAUUGCACCAGUUGUAUCAGACUGGGUGAGUGGUCAGGAGACCUGCCUCCCCUAGAGACUGGGGUCCCCUAAGUAGGCAGUUCCCCGGAGUUUGGGGUCCCUUAAGUACGAUAUACCCUUAUAGUAACGAAGUUGAAGCUGCCUCACCCAGACAGUGGGGUUCUCUAAGCAGAAAGCUCCUUUGUAAUGCUCAGGUUAAAACAGCCACCCCCUAUCGGGGUCCCCUAAGUAGGAAGCUCCCUGAAAGCAAUGUUGUCGAAACUUCCUCCCCCAAACAUUUUGGUGUAGAGCCAGGGGUCUUCAACGUUUUUCAGGGUAAGGACCCCGUAGAUGACAGAGACAUGGAGCAGGGACCCCCGAUACAAAAUGUGUCAAGCAGAGCUACAUAUUAAGCAUACAGCCUUCGAUAUUAAUAGAAAUCAUUAAGAAUAUUUUAUUGUUAAAAUUGAUAUUUAUGCAUCAUAAAAAACAACAUGUGGAGAUAAAUAUCACAAUUCAUUAGUUGUUUACAGUUAUUUUAUAUUAUUUUAAUGGAUUUGAUAAUGGAGUGAUACAUUUUAAUUUUACUAGAUGGACAUUUGCAUUCACCAGAACAGAAAGUAUAUUAAAAAUUCACAUUUUAAUUUUACUGUGAGAUAGAAAAAUAAAUAUUUAUUUGGAUAGUUUCAAGUUUACUAAAAAUUAACAUUUUAAUUUUACUGUGAGAUGGACAAUUAAGAAUCAAAUCACUGAGUAUCUGAAAUUAAUGAGGGUUUUCUAAUAAAGUGCAGAUGUAAUGUGUAAGCAAGGGCUCCAUAACAAGAAUAGCAAUGCACAGUGAGACAUUUAAGAUUAUUAUUAUUAUAGGCAUUACUUUUACAAAUAAUUGGAAUGGAAUUUAAAACAUAUAUUUAUACAAAUAUUUUUCUAGUGGGCUAAACUAUUAGUCUGAAUUUUCACUGCGCGUAUCAAUUUUGACAAGCCAUAUUUUUGUCCCGUGCUAGAAUCACCAUGUCAAUCUCAGCUUCAGAGUGAAUCACGCAUUUAUAUGAAGAUGUCACUUCCAAAACUCUGCAGCAUGUAAUUGGCUGUCUGUCCCCUUAGCACCAUGAAAAAUAAUGCUUUUAUUAUUAUAGCUAUAGCUAGAAUAUAGGUGUCACGAAUCUGGUCUGCACUUCCGUCCAUUCACCACCAGAGGUCACUCGCUCACCACAUGGACUUUCACACCACACACCUGAUCCCACGCACAUACUGAUCACACACGCUUUAUAAGCCUUGGACUUUCUCUGCCUCUCUGCCGAGUAUUGUAUGCGUUUACCGCUCCCAUAGCUGUAGCUACUCUACAGAGCCCCUGUUGUUUUCCUAGUUUUCCCCUGCCUGUUUGGUUUGUGUUUUCCCGUGUUUGUUCUAGCCCGUGUUUCCCUGGAUUAACCCUUGCCUUGCUGUUUGGACUCUGAUUGCACCCCAUUGGAUUCUAGCCCGUGUUCCCUGGAUUAUCUCUCUCCCUUGCCCACUGGAUACUGUUGCCGAUCGUCGACCUUUGCUUGCCCUAGGAUUACUCUUUGUCUUGUCUCUGCCAUACCUGUUUGCCAUUGUUUCGACCCUGCCUGUACGACCACGUCUCUGCCUAAUAAAAACUUGCACAUGGAUCCGCAUGUCUCACGUCUCGUCAGCCCCGCUACAGAAUACUCGGCCUCACAAGGAUCCAGCAACUUCUCAGACGGACAUUGGUCAGGUAUGGACACAAAUAGACAAUUGUUUGCCCUUAAACAAGGCCCAUGUUCAUUGGAGACCCAUAUUAGGGAAUUUUUAGUUUUCGUUCAUUAUUCCGAUUUACCAGACAUAGUCUUAAUUGAGAUUUUUUGUGAUGGCAUUAAUCUGCCUCUGCGAUCUCAGCUCAGACGCGAGGGCCCGCGUUCAUCACUGAGUUGUUUCUUGGAUUAUGCUCUGUGGUCUGUUGGUUCAGCUUCCACUGUGGGUGUCGCGGAGGAACGCGACACCGCAUUCUCUCGUUGGAUAGCAGCCACACUGGAGCAGACACACAAAGUGGCAGCUACACUAGAGCACGAGCACAAAAUGGUGGCCACAACAACACCCCGUCAUGUCAUUGCUGCCAUUCAUGAGCCAAGUCAAGUCAAAGUGAUGUCAGGUAAUCAAAUCAAGUCACAGUUGGUCGUCAUCAAUCGAGUCAUGUCUCAGCUGCUCGUCCAGAGUCACAGCAGCACGUCUCAGCUGUUCACGUCACGGCUGCUCGUCCAGAGUCACAGCAGCACGUCACAGCUGCUCGUCCAGAGUCACAGCAGCACAUCACAGCUGCUCGUCCAGAGUCAAAGCAUGUCUCAGCUGUUCACGUCACGGCUGCUCGUCCAGAGUCACAGCAGCACGUCACAGCUGCUCGUCCAGAGUCACAGCAGCACGUCACAGCUGCUCGUCCAGAGUCACAGCCGCACGUCACAGCUGCUCGUCCAGAGUCAAAGCACGUCUCAGCUGUUCACGUCACGGCUGCUCGUCCAGAGUCGCAGCAGCCCAUCACGGCUGCUCGUCCAGAGUCGCAGCAGCCCAUCACGGCUGCUCGUCCAGAGUCGCAGCAGCCCGUCACGGCUGACCUUCCAGAGUCGCAGCAGCCCGUCACGGCUGACCUUCCAGAGUCGCAGCAGCCCGUCACGGCUGACCUUCCAGAGUCACGUCACGUCCGGGCUGACACACCCAGAUCAUCAAGGUCAGUCUUCCACUAUCCCAAUUUGAUGUCUAGUUUGAGGGAUGUACCGCUGGUGUCUGCACGCACGGCUGGUAUCCCCAAACCAACUCUCACUAACCCUCCUGUUCUUAUGCAUAUUCCCCUGUCCGAGGUACUUCCCCUGAUGGGAAUCGCUUUAUGUUGCGUUUGGGCUGCGUACACCACCGCAGAACUGCCCGAGGUGGCGGCACACGCUGCAGAACCUUCCGAAGCGGCCGGGCUCGCCUCAGCCUCUUGUAUGGUGGUGGCGCCCUGCAAUGUUCUCUCGGUCUGUCGAGUUGCGGUCGAGGAGACUGUUACCGCUGUAGAACCUCCAGAGGUGUCAGUGGUAUCCACUCACCAACUCUCGUCUUGCCCUGCCACGGCCACAGAGGCCGUCCUUGAUUCCUCGUCCUGUCCUGUUUCGGCCAAGGAGGCCGUCCCUGAACUCUCGUCCUGCCCUGUCAUGGCUGUGGAGGCCAUCUGUGAAUCCUCUGCCUGUCCUGUCGCAGCCAGAAGGGCUGUCAAUGAACUCUCGUUCUGUCCUGUCACGGCUAUGGAGGCCGUCAAUGAACUCUUGUCCUGUCCUGUCGCAGCCAGAAGGGCUGUCCCUGAACUCUCGUUCUGUCCUGUCACGGCUAUGGAGGCCGUCAGUGAACUCCCGUUCUAUCCUGUCACUGCUAUGGAGACUAAUUAUAAACUUCCUAUGUUCCCUACCUCAGUCCUUGUGUCUGUGCAUGUUCUGUCUCCUCCUUGUGUCUCCAUUCUCCCUAGUUCCCAGGCUCUGCUGUGGGUUCCUGAUCCGUCGUGGUGGUCUUCAGGUCCGUCUGCUCCGCUCUGGUCUUCUGCUCCACCUGUUCCACCCACUCCGCUGUGGUGGUCCACUAUCUGGCUCUGGUGGUCUUCUGCGCCACCCUGGUGGGUUCGUGCUCUAUCUGCGCCGCCGUGGUGGUCUGCUGUCGGGCUCUGGUGGUCUUCUGCACCGCCGUGGAGAUCUUUGGGUCCACCCUGGUGGGCUCAAGUCCCGCCUGCUCCGCCCUGGUGGGCUCCAGUCCCGCCUGCUCCGCCCUGGCUUCCUGCUCUGCCGGCUCUACCUCGGUCCCAGAUCACUCCGCUUCCACAAGGACCUGGCCCUCCAUCCCUCCCCCUGUUCCGCCUCCGCUCCACCUCCCUCCUGGAUUAAAGACUGUGUGGAGCGUCUGGAAGCCGCUCUUAGGGGGGGGGGCUCUGUCACGAAUCUGGUCUGCACUUCCGUCCAUUCACCACCAGAGGUCACUCGCUCACCACAUGGACUUUCACACCACACACCACAUGGACUCCAUUUCCCAUCAUCCAACACUGAUCACAGCUGUCACCAAUCACUCAUUGCACUAAUCACACGCACACCUGAUCCAACGCACAUACUGAUCACACACGCUUUAUAAGCCUUGGACUUUCUCUGCCUCUCUGCCGAGUAUUGUAUGCGUUUACCGCUCCCAUAGCUGUAGCUACUCUACAGAGCCCCUGUUGUUUUCCUAGUUUUCCCCUGCCUGUUUGGUUUGUGUUUUCCCUUGUUUGUUCUAGCCCGUGUUUCCCUGGAUUAACCCUUGCCUUGCCGUUUGGACUCUGAUUGCACCCCAUUGGAUUCUAGCCCGUGUUCCCUGGAUUAUCUCUCUGCCUUGCCCACUGGAUACUGUUGCCGAUCGUCGACCUUUGCUUGCCCUAGGAUUACUCUGUCUUGUCUCUGCCAUACCUGUUUGCCAUUGUUUCGACCCUGCCUGUACGACCACGUCUCUGCCUAAUAAAAACUUGCACAUGGAUCCGCAUGUCUCACGCCUCGUCAGCCCCGCUACAGAAGGUUAAUAAUAUAUAUAUAUAUAUAUAUACAGAUGCAUCUCAAUAAAUUAGAAUGUCGUGAAAAAGUUCAUUUUUUUCUUGUAAGUUAUUUCAAAAAGUGAAACUUUCAUAUAUUUUAGAUUCAUUGCAUGUAAAGUAAAACAUUUCAAAAGUUUUUUUGUUUUAAUUUGGAUGAUUAGAGCUUACAGCUCAUGAAAGUCAAAAACCAGUAUCUCAAAAUAUUAGAAUAUUUACAUUUGAGUUUCAAUUAAUGACCAUCGCUACAGUAUAAAUUCAGUAUAAAGGAGAAGACUGCUGACUUGGCAAUGAUCCAGAAGAUGAACAUUGACGCCCUCCACAAAGAGGGUAAGUCACAGAGGGUCAUUACUGAAAGGUGUGGCUGUUUCAAAGUGCUGUUUCAAAGCAUAUUAAAUGUAAAGUUGACUGGAAGGAAGAAUUUGAGUAGGAAAAGGUGCACAAGCAACAGGGAUGACUGCAAGCUUGAGAAUACUGUCAAGCAAAGCUGAUUCAGACACUUGGGAGAGCUUCACAAGGAGUGGACUGAAGCUGGAGUCAGUGCAUCAAGAGUCACCACGCUCAGACAUCUUCAGGAAAAGGGCUACCAAGCCGCUUCUGAAACAGAAACAACAUCAGAAGCAUCUUACCUGGGCUGUGGAGAAAAAGAACUGGACUGCUCAGUGGUCCAAAGUCCUCUUUUCAGAUGAAAGUAAAUUUUGCAUUUAAUUUGGAAAUCAAGGUCCCAGAGUAUGGAGGAAGAGUGGAGAGGCACAAAAUCCAUGUUGCUUGAAGUCCAGUGUGAAGUUUCUGUGAUGAUUUGGGCUGCCAUGUCAUCUGCUGGUGUUGGUCCACUGUGUUUUCUGAAGUCCACAGUCAACGCAGCCAUCUACCAGGAAAUUUUAGAGCACUGAUUUCAUUUUCCAGCAGAACUUGGCACCUUCCCACACUGCCAAAGGUACCAAAAGCUGGUUCAAUGACCAUGGUGUUACUGUGCUUGAUUGGCCAGCAAACUCGCCUGACCUGAACCCCAUAGAGAAUCUAUGGGGUAUUGUCAAGAGGAAGAUGAGAGACACCAGACCCAACAAUGCAGAUGAGCUGAAGGCCACUGUCAAAGAAACCUGGGCUUCCAUAUUACCAGCAGUUCCACAAACUGAUCACCUCCUUGCCACGCCGAAUUGAGGCAGUAAUUAAAGCAAAAGGAGCCCCUACCAAGUAUUGAGUACAUAUACAGUAAAUGAACAUACUUUCCAGAAGGCCAACAAUUCACUAAAAAUUUUAUUUUAUUGGUCUUAUGAAGUAUUCUAAUUUGUUGAGAUAGUGAAUUGGUGGGUUUUGUUAAAUGUGAGCCAAAAUCAUCAUAAUUAAAAUAACCAAAGACUUAAACUACUUCAGUCUGUGUGCAUUGAAUUUAUUUAAUACACGAGUUUCACAAUUUGAGUUGAAUUACUGAAAUAAAUGAACUUUUCCACGACAUUC